AGUAGAACCUGUUUUGAAACGAGAUAACCAUUCAAAUAUAGAACAUUUGUAAUGCUUGUGUUGUGUCCGACAGAGAAUAGGUCAACGAUAAGCAUUCGGAGUGGGUGCAAUGCAUUAUUAGUGGGGUUCGCAGUGGGUGACGCUGCUGCAAUUCGGGUACCACUCAGGGAACAUGUUGAGACAUGCCCGACUAUUGACCUGACAGGCGCAAGCUAAAUGAAUCUUACCUCAUACCAAGUAGCCAAGACGCGAUACGGACAUUCAGUCAAAUUUGUCAAAAGCAGAUGAUAAAGGUGUGCUCAAAAUGGAUUGCUUUGAAAAUCAGUAUUAUGAAAGUGGAGGAUGUCAUUCUUGUGUGCAGUGUUCACCAGGACAGGAACUCACAGAGGAUUGUGGGUAUGGGUAUGGAGCGCUGGCACGCUGCCAGCCCUGUGGUGCCCGCUGGUUUAAGGAGGCCUGGGGGUCCCAUCCCUGCCAGAUGUGCCAGGCAUGCCGGCGCGUGAACAGGAGUGAGCUGUCGCCCUGCACGCCCACCACCAAUGCAAUGUGUGGAGAAUGCUUGCCAGGGUUUUACAGUAAGCGGCGGCUAGACGGCCAGCAAGAUUUGGAGUGCAUGUCAUGUGGCCCUCCCCCUUUCAGGAAUCCACUCUGCGGCACUUUCGCAGCAAGUAGAGGAGUUGAUGUGGAAAAAGUCUCGAGUCCAGUGGCCACACCUACCACGUUUACCACUGCUGCCACCACCUCUGCUUGUGUGGCAGUUGUUGCCAUGAUGUUGCUGCUGUCUGCCACUAUGUUUAUGUAUCGCAGAUCUACUUUGCUCAAGAGAUUUUUCAAAGGCUGCCUGAUACCACACAGCUGCAGUCACGAUGACACAGAGGCCCCUUCUGCCACCGCGGAAACACAGUGCACUCUGACCCAGGAGGAAGAAGAACAGAUCUCAGGUAUGAUACCAAGGCAAACAACCAGUGACAAGAGAUCAGCCAACAACGAGGAGGACUGCUGCCUCCCUGCCAUGCCAGCGGUGCUCUCUGACCCAGGUGUCUGCGAGUCGUGCACUCUGCGCCAGUCCGUCAGCAGUGACUGCUCGUCUGGGUUUGCCUCCCAGCCAUCCUCUGGGCUCCCCACACCACUGCCCACGAGCAGAGACCUCGCUGCGCCGGCGCUCGCCACAGGGGGGCACCACUGUGCCUCAGAGGAGGGCUCCGGGUGGAUGCAGAGGCGGCGCCACGUUCCUGUGGAGUGCACGGAGCUGGACAUCCAUGAUUCUUUCCACCCCGAGCUGGACAGCGAUGAUUUAUUCCCCCCCGAUACAGAGCUCCACACCUCAAAAGGGCCAGGUUUAGGGCCUGGGGACGACGAGCCAUCCUUGGACCUGUACUCCUCCGUGCCCUCUAACAUCAGCCUGGAGCUGCAUGUCUGUUCGGAGACGGGCAGGCCCAGCACAGAAGAACCCAGGUCACUCGAUGUGCGUCAGGUGAGAGAGGGAAGGAGAGAUGAGAGGGAUGUGGAAAUGGAUAGAACAGUGGUUCCUGCAGUUGCAAUGCCCAACAUCUUCAAUUUAGUUCAAAGGAGUUGUGCCAUCAUGCAAGGCGUGCCUCUAAGCGAUCUACCAAAGCUGCUGGUGCACAGUCUGGCACAAAGGCUGGAUCCGGUGUUUCCUGGAGUGCAGAGCUACCAGCAGGUGGCCCGGUGUUUGGGGGUGCCUGCGGAGAUCGCCCGAGGCCUGCAGGGGUUUGAGCACGUCUUCCACUACCUCUCCUCCUGCACGCUGCUCACUGUGCCAGACUUGCUGACGACCCUCCAUCAGCUUCAGAGACUGGACACCCUCGUGCUGUUGUGUGAACACUGCACUCUAAGUCUGAAUGCAGAGACUGGACACCCUUGUGCUGUUGUGUGAACACCGCACAUUGAGUCUGAAUGCAGAGACUGGACACCCUCGUGCUGUUGUGUGAACACCGCACAUUGAGUCUGAAUGCAGAGACUGGACACCCUCGUGCUGUUGUGUGAACACCGCACAUUGAGUCUGAAUGUCAAACACAUGCAGCCCAGGAGGAGGAAGUCCUAUGGCAAAUAUAUGAACACAGUUUUGAGUUUACAGCUAGCAUUAAAGAUAUAAAGGAAAACCACUAAUAGAGUAGAGACAAGGUGGUUUAAAAAAGUUAAAUCAGAUCUACACAGGUUGGUCUUGUAUGUGACUUUUUUUCUGUCAUUUUUUAUUGUAUGUUUUUUAUUUAUUCUAAGACUACUUGAUUGUGAAAAAAAGAAAACAUAUUUUUCUACCGAGGAUCAUGUAGAUGAUCCAAUGAUAAAGAUUUUCUUGAGUAUAUGACAUGGUUAUCUUUGCCAGUUGCAAAUGUUUGAUGGAAUUCAAUGCUGGAUUAAGACAUGCAUCUUUUUUUUAUUUUUUACUGAUACAUUUUUUACCGAGCAUUCUUUCAGGGAAGCUUUUGGAAAAUACGGCAAAUGCUCUUGUGUUCCUGUUAUACACCCAAAAUAAAUGUCCCUUUUAAAGACC